CACGCUCUGAAACGUGAUCGCAUCAGCGGCUGGUUUUCAAUUUCAAAUAUUUUCUUUUGACCCUGCUUCCAUACAUAAUUACAACCAGGUCAUGGACAGUGAAUUUGGGAACUUGACUUUUAGUGACCAAGAGAUACGCGAGCAGUUGGAAGCUUUGGGUUAUCACAAUGUACCACAAUACCGACUGGAGGAAUUUAGAAGAGACUUGGAAGAACUGGUUCAACGCGAAAAAGUGAAAAGUAGCAGAGAGUCAUCUGCCAGCUCUGGAUCCCAAUUGACCAAUUCUUACCCAGAUGACCAGACUUUGUAUCGGAGAGGGCCACUUGAGGCGGUUAAUGAUGCUGCCAAGUUAGAAGAAGCACAUUCUGAACACAGCGUUCCAUUGGCAGGCAGCCAUGCCAGGUAUGGCAAAGAAAACCAGUAUACAACCCAUGUUCCAUAUGGUAGAAAGAGCUCAAAGGACAUAGGCUCUGUUGAAUACCACUCUAGAUACCCCCAUGGUGUGGUAGGCAGCAUGGGGGACCAGAUGUAUGAGGGGCAUCCUGAGGACAGUUUUAUUUCAGAUACCACAAGUGAUUCAAGGAAAAUGAUAAAGAGAAAGGUAUUGAGGAAACAAGAUGGUCACUCAGUUAUUGAUGAGUCCUACACUGAAAGUGAAGCAGGUGAUUUAUCAGUAUUGGAAGAGAGGUUAAGUCAACUCCCACUGUCAGACCCAGACACUGCCUCAGAGGAUUUUACUACACAGAGGAGAUACCCUCGCAGGCCAUAUUCUUCCAGAGACUUGUAUUCCCGGAUGUCAAAUGAUGAUCCUUAUCAAAAGUCAGUCAUUUGGCCCUCGGAGGGUAACCCUCAUACAAAAGACCUGCGUAAGUGCGACCCAGUAAAGCGGUACCACCAGUUCAAACAGGCCUGGCAGCAGCAAAAAGCACCAGGGGAAAAGAAGCACAAAGGCCUUAGGUGGGAUGUUAGGGAACAGAUGCUUUAUCACGAUGAGGUGGUCAAGAAACCUCAAAGAGUGUUUGUCCCAAAUACCUACAAAGUACCGACAGACAAAAGGCGCAAAGCUCUGCGAUGGCAAAUCAGGACAGACAUGGCCCAGGGAGUGAUGCCUUCAACAGGAUAUUGAUACUCUGGACUUCAAGUCAUAUUAUCCCAUUAAGAUGGUAUAGAAAAAUUAUGGAAGAUAUGAUCAUGGAAUAUCUGAGAAAAGGAUUUCUAUAAAAUUUAAAUAAUAAGCAUGUCCUGUCCAUGGCCUUAAAUGACAGGUUUUGAAAUGGCUUUUUUCCCAGUCUCCAAAGAUGACACUUUUAGUGUACUGGCAUAGGAUCUCUGGUCCAAUUUUUAGUUAUUUUUCAAUGGAUUUACAAUGCCCUUUACAAAAAAGUGUAAAUUUCACAUAUGGUGUCAGUUAUGUUUAAGCUAUCAUCACUAUUUACUUUCUUAUUCUGUCGACUCCUGUAGAGAAAAUAAAAGUGACCGAAUUUCCUUUUCUAAAAUUUGCAAAAUGUCCAGGUAGUGAUUUCUUAACUUGUUCAUUCUGUGUGUAAAUGACACGGUUGCAAAGAA